CACAGUCGUUAUGUGAGGCACCAAAAAAUAACAGAUGCCGCCCGGAAAGUGGAAAGUACACAAAAACACAAUGUAUACAUUUUAAAGACAGCUAUUUGCACUGCAAAAAUAUAAUUACACAGAAAUAGUUUAUGAUAACCAAAUAAUAUGGAAUCGGAAGAACAUUUGUUAGGAUUAAAGGUGAUGAGAUUAACCAGACCUACAUUGGCCAGUGCAGUUCCAAUCACCUGCGACAGUAGAGACCUACCCGGCAAUUUACUUAAUAUCGCCUUGCAACAAGAUCCUACAGCGGUUCAUGGUUUAGAAACAAUUAUGACAGGUCAAUUCCUAUUGCUUCCCCAAAGCCCUGUGAACAUUUACCUUGGUGAAACGUUUUCCAGUUACGUAUGUGUGUUUAACGAAACCGAUCAGGUGGUGAAUAAUGUCGCUGUUAAAGUUGACCUUCAGACAAGCUCACAACGUUUGCCGUUGUCAAUGAAACCGGCCACCCCAGCUUUAAAUCCGGAUGACACCGUAAAUACUGUCAUACAUUAUGAGGUGAAGGAAAUAGGAACACACAUUUUAGUGUGUGAAGUAACGUACCAAUCUGCCUUAGGGAAUACACUGUCAUUUCGUAAAUUCUUUAAAAUUCAGGUUUUAAAACCUUUGGAUGUUAAAACUAAAUUUUACAAUGCAGAAUCCGAUGACGUUUACUUAGAAGCUCAAGUUCAAAAUAUCACGUCUGGACCAAUUUGUCUAGAGAAAGUUGCUUUAGAUGCAUCCCAUCUUUUUAAUGUCACCUCUCUGAAUGUCUCUUCCGAUGGUACAAAUAUAUUUGGUAAAAUUACUCUUCUUCAACCACAAGCCAGUUGUCAGUUCCUUUAUUGUUUAUCGCCAGAUUCUAAGCUUGCUGCAGAUCUCAAAAUGUUAAGUGGUGCUACAAAUAUUGGAAAGCUUGAUAUUGUCUGGAGAUCAAAUUUGGGCGAAAGAGGUAGAUUGCAAACUAGUCAACUUCAAAGAAUAGGCCCAGUAUAUGAUGACAUUCGGUUAACAGUAAUUGAAUUACCAAACUUUGUUAAUUUAGAAGAAUUAUUCACGUUUAAAUGCAAAAUUUUUAAUAACUGUGAAAGGACAGUGGAAUUAAUGCUAAUACUGGAGACUACUGAAGGAAUGUCAUGGUAUGGUUUAUCGGGGUACAAAUUGAACUCGUUACCAGCACGGGGAUUCCAAGAGAUUGAAUUAAAGGCAAUUCCGUUACUUCCAGGCUUGCGAUCUAUUUCAGGAAUACAGUUACUGGAUACUUUUUUAAAACGUAGUUAUUCAUACAACGACAUUGGGCAAGUGUUUGUGGUGAGUGAGAAGGACAAGAUGAUAAUUCCAUGCACCUAAUAUACCUAUAGAAGAUGAAGAGUCUAAUUCUAAAUAGAAUAGCAUUAAUGAAAUAGAAUAAACAGUGUAAAUUAUAUCGGUUGAAUAUGUUAAAAGAAUAAAAGAAACAUGUUUAUAACUUUAUUUUGAAACA